UCUCUUAAAGGGGGUGGGGGCAAUCCAAGUUGGGGAAUUGCUUUGAGGUGAGUGAGUUAGUAAUGGAAGGAAAAACAAGAAUGGGAAACUCAAAGGAGGCAGCCUUGUGUUGAGCCUAUAGAUGAUAACAUAUUCUACUUCCUUCAAUCAUCACCUAAGUCCUGCUUGGAACAUCUGCAAAAGAAAACACAAAGCUGCUUCUCCCAUCUCAGUCUUCUUUCUUCCAUCUUUGUGAUCAAUGAUUUAUAAAGUUUGUCUCCAAGAAUUUGGGAAGUGUCCAGACUCCUCUUGAAAUCCUCCUAAUUUUGCUUUCUUCCAAGUUAUAUUACACUCACCAUGCACCUUCUCUACUUUGUGUUCCUGGUCCUUGCUAUUCUCUGCCAGGCAUUCUCAGUUUCACAGUAUCUUGGGUGGAAUCAUCAAAUACCAGCGAUGAGGAUCUAUUAUCUGCUCUUUGUCAUUUUCUUCUUGUUCCUGCUGCCUAUUCCAGGUGAAAGUGGGUUGCUCUCUCGAAUAAACAAUCUGAUCUGUAGAGUGAGACAAGGUAAAUGCAGAAUGAUUGGAUGUACCAACAAAGAAGAACAAAUUGGGUCCUGUUCCCUGGGCCGCCGAAAAUGCUGCCGCAAGAAGAAAUGAGGGAUCAGACAGAGCUUCAAAGUCCAAAAUCUUCAGCAAAAUAAGUGGUCAAGAGAAAUUUGUGUAAUCUAAAUUCAGUUGCAUCAUUUUGUUUAAGAAGGAUGAAUGUUGGACUUCUAUGACCAAAGGUGAUUCGUCUUUUCCUACAGAUACUAUAUCUGAAUUGAACUGAAGUCUAUUUCUUGAUAAUUCAAUCAUAUUCUGCUAAUAUUUAUUGGUUGAUAUACUAUAUAGACUAUGAAAUCUUUGAAAGCAGGUUUUCUGUGUUUGUGAAGAACAGCAAAUAAUAAAAGUUUAUCUAACUGUCAUUGAGUGGAAUGCAGUU